AUGGGCAUGGACGGAGCACUAACGCUCAACGCAGCCGACUACGACCCUAUCGACCAUCUAAACGCCAUAUUCUACCACCCAUCGACCCUCUCAUCUGUGACCACCACCUCCGAGGCGCUCCGCAGCUAUCAAGAUGACCUGGACGAGGAUAUCGCCAAUGUUGUCGCCUCGCAGUCGGCUUCCGAUGCCGACAGCGUGCAGCGUAUACAAGCAGCCAAGGCAGAGCUGGCCGACCUCUUCAAGACAAUUGAGGAGGUGCGGGAACGGGCAAUGCAGACAGAGCAGACCAUCACCGAGAUGACAGCCGACAUCAAGCGCUUGGACAGCACCAAGAAGAACCUCACGUUAUCUAUGACGGCUUUGAAGCGGUUGCAAAUGUUGACGACGGCAUACGAACAACUGCGCAGUCUGAGCAAGUCGCGACAAUACAGAGAGUGCGCACAGUUAUUGCAGGCCGUAAUUCAGCUGGUUGCUCAUUUCAAGAGCUACAGGUCAAUAGACCAGAUUGCGACGCUGAGCCGCAACGUAGCAGACCUCCAAAGCGAGCUGUUGGAGCAGAUAUGCGAGGAUUUCGAGGUGGUCUUUGCCAAGGGAGAGGUUGCGCAGCGCAAAGGCAUGCUCGCAGAGGCAUGUCUGGUCAUGGACUCGCUUGGCGAUCAUGCGCGGACGCGCCUGAUCAACUGGUACUGCAACACGCAGCUGCGAGAAUACCGUCAAGUGUUCAGGGGGAACGACGAACUGCUGACCAUCGCACAGGCUGGGUCCUUGGACAAUAUAUCCAGACGAUACUCUUGGUUCAACCGUAUGAUGAAGACAUACGAUGUCGAGCAUGCUGCCUUGUUCCCGUCCUACUGGCGGGUGAACGAGAUGCUGGCCAACUCGUUCUGUGAAGGCACACGAGAAGACUUCAAGGCUAUACUGCAGCGCUCAAUGCGAAGAGGAGAUGGGCAGACCCUGGACGUCGACCUUCUACUUUCCUGCCUACAAGAAACGCUCAACUUCGAGCAGAGUUUAGAACGAAGAUUCGCGAACGAGUCCCGCGCCUCCAUCGAUACCAUGGACACCAAAGAUGACAAGCCAUUUGGUUUCAGUCAAGCCAUCUCAGAAGCCUUUGAGCCGUACAUGAGUCUUUGGGUCGAAUCCCAGGACAAGCAACUCGCCGCACUUAUGCCAAAGUAUCGGCAGCAACCGCUUCGCAACACGGAAGAAGAGUUCUCUCACCAAGCCGUUAUACCUUCGUCCACCGAGCUAUUCAACUUCUACCGUCUCACUCUAGCACAGUGUGCAAAGCUCUCCACCGGAACUAGACUACAAGAACUCUCUGCAACGUUUGCGAAGUACUUGGAGCAAUAUGCUCAGCAGGUCCUGUACUACUUCUUGAGCGAAAAGUCUGGGAUUCAAGGUCCUUCCAUCGAAGACGCUAUACUCAUACUCAACACGGCCGACUAUUGCUAUGUUACCUGUAACCAGCUUGAGGAAAAGGUCAAGGGGCGUAUUGAUGAGGAGCUAAAGGAAAAGGUAGACCUACAAAGCCAGGCUGAUGCUUUCAUGGGCAUUGCUAGCGCUACAGUCCGCAUCCUUGUUCGCAAAGUUGAGAUCGCGUGUGAGCCUAGCUGGCGUGAGAUGCGCAAUACCCCGUGGGCAAAGUUAGAGAGUGUGGGCGACCAGAGCACUUAUGUGUCAGAGUUACUGCGCAAUGUGAAGGAGACGUCCGGAGAGAUUCUGAAAUACCUGCACAAGCAACAGUAUGCACGAGCAUUCUGCGACAAUCUCGUGGAUUUGAUGGCUUCGACGUAUAUUGCGAACAUUGUUCAGUGCAAGCCGAUAGCCGAAGCUGGUGCUGAACAGAUGUUGCUCGACUCAUAUGUUCUGAAGAAGGGCUUCACGGAGCUACCAACGCUCAACGAGGAGCCUGGCACGGCGCCACCAUCAAGCUCCGAUAGCUUCGUCAAACGUGUGACACAAAGCAUGUCCAAGAUCGAUCCGCUCCUCAAGACACUCCAAGUUCGUCCUUCGCCCCCUGAGGCGCUCGUGCAGGCUUACCUCAUUCACAUCGCCGACAAGUCGGAUACCAAUUUCCGCAAGAUCCUCGAACUCAAGGGUAUCCGGAAAGGUGAUCAAACUCAAUUGAUCGACCUGUUCGGUGCAUUCCGCGCGUCGCCAAACCACGAAAAUCUGGUGCAAAACUCACCUCUACUCACUCCGCUACAGAUACAAUCCGGCCACAUAGGCACCGGCAUCGGAAGCCUGGGUAACGCAGGUAGCGUGAUGGGAACACCCAGUCUCGGCGGUGGCCGGUUUGAUCCCGCUGGCUUGGGCAACAUGCUAGUAAACGCUGCCAGAGACGGCGUCGACCGCUUCGGCACUCCAACACCAGGGGCUCCCGGUGCAGCUGACGGUAGUGUCGGUGAUGCGGCGAAAGCUAAUCUCAACGAGAACCUGAAGAACAUUGGCAAAUUUUUCAAGAGGGAUGUUGGCAGCUUUAGAGGCUUUGGCAGAAACGAAGACGGGCGAUAG